AUGGCUUUCACUGUUGGCGUUGCCGGUAUCACGGAUAAGUUCGCUGGUCGGGUGGUCAGCCAUCUGCUGCAGCAGUCGGACCUCACCAAUCGUGGCUACUGCCGUGACCCAAGCAAAGUUCCCGAGUCCAUCGCCUCUGCAGGAAAUGUGACCCUGUUCAAAGGGCAGGCAUUCGACAAGGCGGCUGUCCGGUCCUUCGCGGAGGGCUGCGACGUGAUUGUGUGCUGCUACCUGGGCGAUGACAAACUCAUGGUGGAAGGACAGAAGGUCUUGAUCGACGCGUGUGAAGAACUUGGUGUGCCACGUUACGUCGCCAGCGACUGGGCGUUGGAUUAUACCUUAACAAAAGUUCAAGGCGUGCACAUCCUAAUUGGAGGCUUCAUGAAGCCUGUGCUCAGCCCGUUCUUCAAUGUUCUCGACACUCAAAACCAUAUAUUUCGCUACUGGGGAGAGGGCGACGAAUACAUGGAGGGCACCACCUACGACAACGCGGCCGAGCUUACCGCUGCGGUUAUCCGAGAUCCUCAGGCCACUGGCAUUCUUCCCUUCCUUGGUGGCUGGGCCACUAUUCGUGGGAUCGCACAAUCCUAUGAGAAAACUUCUGGGUUUAAGGCCAAUCUCAAGCGAUUGGGUUCCUUGGUCGAGUUGUACCAGGCCAUGGACCAGAAGCGGGACGAGAACCCUGGGGCUAUCUACAGUUACAUGUCGCUAUUCUUCUACUAUUAUUGGGUUAAUGGGCGGGCAAUUAUUGGACCUGAGACGGAUAAUGCGAAGUACCCAGAUGUUAAGCCAGUGGAUUGGGAAGGUUUCAUGGGGCAGUGGUCACUGCAGCAGCUGCCUACAGCCUAUUUUGCGUUGAAUGCCUAA